AUGUCUCUACUUGUGGAACAUUCAUUGAGUCCAUCUAUGAUAAGACAACAAGGGUAUGAUGGGGCUAAUAAUAUGAAGGGUGAAAUAAAUGGCCUUAAGACUCUAAUUAUGAAUGAUACUCCAAGAUCCUACUACAUACAUUGUUUUGCUCAUCAACUACAACUAACACUAGUUGUCGUUACUAAAAGAAAUGAUAGUUGUGGUUGGUUUUUUGAAAUACUUGCAAACUUGUUGAAUGUUGUUGGAGUUUCUUGCAAGAGAAGAGAAAUGAUUCGUAAUAGUCAAGCUCAAGAAGUUGCUCAAGCAUUGGAAGUGGGGGAAAUUUUGAGUGGAUCAGGUUUGAAUCAAGAGCUUGGUUUGAAGAGGCCCGGAGAUACUCGUUGGGGAUCUCAUUACAAGUGUCUUGUCAAUGUCAUCCGAUUGUUUUCUACAAUUGUUAAGGUACUUGUUCACAUUGGGAAAUAUGGUGCAUCGAAAGAUAAGUUUAAAGCUCAAAUUGUUUUAGGACAAUUAGAGUCAUUUGAUUAUAUUUUUGUGGCUUACUUGAUGUUGACUAUUUUUAGUUACACUAAUGAUUUGUGUAUUGCUUUGCAAAGAAAGGAGCAAGAUAUUGUAAAUGCCAUGGAACUAGUUAUUUUUACAAAAGGUGUGUUGUAA